AAGAAAAAUAAAUAACACGGUGUUUGAAAAUGUUUUGUUCCGAAAUCUUAGUGACCUACAUCGUUAAAUAAAAUGUAAUUUGACAAUUUUGUUUUCGAUUUAUAAAAACAAACAAUCGUAUCCUAGCAACGAUACUCUCCCCAAAAAAGACUUGACAUAAGUUAAUUUUUUUUACAAAAUAGAAAAUGGCAUCAGAACAGGAACUUCUGGAAGCCGUUAAAGAAGCUUUACAAAAAGAUGGCCAAUUAGGUCAAAUGCGUGCCGAAUUACGUUCAGCUGUGCUCAAAAUAUUAGAAAAAAAACCGAUUAAUAUUUCGAAACCAAAAGUGAUUGAAGAGAAUGCUGUCAUUAACGACCUAAUUUUUGAAUAUCUAGAAUGGAAUGGAUAUAGAUAUACGUCGCAAAUGUUGCUCUCAGAAUCUGGACAAACACAUCCUGCAAAACCAAGACGACAAUUAGAAGAAGAUCUGGGAAUUGAAUAUGACUCAAAAACAGUUCAAAUUCCUUUAAUCUACAGUAUAUUAGCGCAAAUGAAAGCUAAUAGUUGUAAUAGUAAUAGUAAUUCGCCAUCAUAAUAUGCAUAAAAACAGUUUUUUUAUUUAUUUAUUUAUUUAGUACUAAAAAACGAUUAGUCUAAGACUAAAAAACCAUUUAAAAUGG